GAUUUACUGGGGGAGCCAACACAAUGAAAACGUUAGAUGGUAAAACAGUGAGUGAGAACAGGCGUGUCACUCUGUCCCCUUGCUGCUGUCAGCAGGGGGUCCCUGGACCAGGAAAGGAGUUUGUGAGGGUGACAAAGAUCCAUCCUUCGUCCUGCUCCCCUGAGUGAGGUUGGAACUGUGUCACAGUGUCGGGCAGUUGCUCUUCUAUUUGACAAAAGCAACACCUUAUUUUGAAGCUGCAAAUCUUAUACUAGCCAGUCAUGGAACAAUAUACCUGAUGCUAACUUAAUAAAGGAACUGAAUUUUUAUUUUCUCGAUGCUUAUUGUGAAAGCAUUUAAAAAACAUUUAAAGUCCCCACCAAAUAGAAAGCAGUGUCUUAAAACCAGUCUCCAAAUUACAGUUGAGCAGAAGUAUAUUAGUCAAACUACUUCUCAGGGUGAGACUUCAUUCUUCCCUAAUUUUCUACUGUAAGCCUCUGAAUGUAGUGUACCUUAAAUGACAAGGUACCUCAAAGCACAUUGGUUACCAAUGUCUCAGUGCCCAGGAUGCACAGAAACUCUUGCACUCUCUGAUGUGGUCUAUUAAAGGUUCACAAAAAAAUCAGUGCUUUUCUAUGGACAAGAAGUUACACAGGCUGGAGUGGGUCCAGAUACAUGGGUUGGUACUCACAGACCCUAAGCACUGAGGCUGGGUGAGGACACAUACAGGACAAGGAACAAUUACAAGGAUGUGGACUCAGAGUUAUUCCCACUCCACCUCUGGGUGGAGAAAGAACCUCGCCCUUUUCAAGAGUUGUUUAUUUUAAAACCUUGUGGUUCAUAUUGCCUUUUUUGCCUCUGUGUCAAUAUUCCAUGGAAUAUGGAAUUCUAUUCCAUAGAAUAUUGUUCUUAUUGUUCAUAAGAACAAUGAGAAAAUGUAAUCAAGAAAUAAUUGUGAAAUCAUAAACAAAAAUGUACAGAUCUUGCAAAACUCUCUGAACUUUGAUUUUCACUAAGUGACCUCAACAAACUGGCAUCCUGGUAGUGCCCUUAAAUUCAGGCUCACACUACCAACUUCUCAUGAGGCAGAGUCACAACGCACAGAGCACGGCUGGAUUAUUCGUGUUGAUACACCGUCGGGGAUGCCCAACAUGCUGCUGUCCCUGGUCAAUGUCAUUGUCACCUUGUGGGUCUCCUGGACUUAUGGACAAGAAACAACCUGUGAUCCUCCAGCUAUUGCCAAUGGUGUCUACGCACCUCUCAGGACCAAAUACAGACUGGAAGAUGUAAUCACAUACAGCUGUGACAAUGGCCUUUACCACUCCUCCCACGGAAAUACAACAAAGUGCACUGAAGAAGGCUGGGCACCUCCUCCCAGAUGUAGCCUUAACCCAUGUGAGUUUCCAGACAUAAAGCAUGGAGUCCUCUAUGCGGAAGUCUUAUACAGAUCACACUUCCCCGCUCCUCUGGAAAAGUGGUUUUACUACUCCUGCGAUGAAAACUAUUUGCCGCCUACAAAAGACUACUGGGGCCAUAUCACUUGUACACCAGAGGGAUGGACUCCUAAAGAGCCAUGUGUCCGAAAAUGUGUGGUCAAUAAUUUGGAGCAUGGACACUCUGCAAGCAAUGGAAAGACAUAUUUACAGGGUGAAACUGUGGAACCCCUCUGCAAUCCUGGUUACAGCCAUGGAAGCCCCCAGAGCAUGCUCACAUGUACAGAGAAUGGCUGGUCCUCUUCUCUCUCUUGCCUCAAACAUUGUGACAUGCCACUGUUUGAGAAUGCAACAGCCAUCAUCACUGGAAAAGCUUUUAGGCCUAAUGACACGCUGGACUACCAGUGCCUGUAUGGGUACGAAACCAGAGAUGGACGCACCUCAGGCACCAUGGUGUGUGGGGAGGACGGCUGGUCACACUUGCCAAGCUGCUUCAAAUCUGCAGAAAAGUGCGGGCCUCCUCCAGCUGUUGGCAAUGGAGACAUCACCUCCGUCCCACUGGCUGCCUACCCUCCGGGGUCAAGAGUUGAAUACCAAUGUCAGGCCUACUAUGAACUUCAGGGUCCUAAAUAUGUAACCUGCAGUAAUGCUAAGUGGUCCGAACCCCCAAAAUGUCUAGAUCCCUGUGUCAUAUCUGAAGAAAUCCUGAAUGAAAAUAACAUACAGUUUAAAACGAAAGGGGACAAGACACACUACGUAAAAAGAGGAGAUAUCAUUCAGUUUUCGUGUAAACCAGGACACAGUGCAGUGACAUCAGAGCAGUCAUUUAAAGCCGUAUGUGGGGAAGGGACAGUGCAGUUUCCCAGAUGUGAAUGAAGGCUCUUCCACCAGCCACCCACACUGCCUCAACGCUUGCUAAAGAUUUUCUGUCAUUUCCUGCUCUUUCCUACCUUAUUUUAGGGAAAUCAAUACAAUACAGUAGUCCGAGCUUUCAGCCUAAUCUUCUCCCAAAGGUGGUAAAAUAAACUG